GACGAGUUCUUGGAGAGUGGCGUUAAAUCUGAGGCUGUCCGAAUGCCAGCUCCCACCCUGCAGCCUGCUCAGCUCAGUAAGUAACCUUAACUGGGAACUUGCUGUUACCUUAAAUAAGAACUCUCGUUGCCUCGUGCUGUAAGGUGAGAAAUCCUUCUGGAAGAGGAGGACGACAGUGACGCUUGGAGCUUGCUGGUAUUGCAGGGAGCACAAAACAGACUGAAACAGAGCAAAAGCCCACAGGAGCCUUCAGACUCAAAUUCUGCCGAGGGACAGUCCCACUGGAGAAAGUGACAAAGUCCUGGUAGUAAGAAGAGCUUUUCUGAAUUGUAUCGUCUCUAAAAGCCGGUCCCUCUCGUAUCUACUCUCCGCUUCCUCAUCCCUUUAAGCUUCUGUGUUAUUCAGUGGUCUUUACUUCAUCUGUUUUUCUCUCUGCCUUGUGUGCCCCGUCACAGCAGUCGUGCUGCUGGAAGAAGACCUGGAGAAGGAUGCACUAAAGUGUCAUACAUCAAAGAAGAAAAGCUUGGAUCCUGUCUUGGUGGCUGCUGUACCGCACGGUGCUGGAGAGGAGGAGAACUAGAGUGAAUUUGCUGCUGUUCCCAGUUCCUGCAGUGUUCCCUGCUAGCUCAGUGGUUGGUGUCCUCCAUUCCUGGACUUUGCUUGAUGGGGAUCUCUGCUGCAGGAGCAGUCUCUGCACUCAAAGGCAGGCGAGCAGGGAUAGGAGAGGUCGCCUCUAGAUGCCAGAAAGGCCAUUUGUAUAAGCUCCUGGCAGAAGACCUCUUCUGGAACAGCUGCUGGCUGUAGGCCUGCCAAGCCGAAGGUCAGGAUAGCCUCUCUGCAAGCAUGUCUUCCAAGCCAGAGCAGAAGGAGACCCAGCAGGCCAAUGGGGCUGUGCUGCCCAUUGUGCCCAUGGACUGUCUCACCAGUCCAGACAGGGGUCAGCUGGUGGAGCCCUCAGAUUUCCUGGGAUCCGAUGGUGACGGGCUAGAAGUGGUGGUGUUGGAGUCCCGUGCCAAUGCUAAAGGGGUGCGAGAAGAAGACGCCCUGCUGGAAAAUGGCAGCCAGAGCAAUGAAAGUGAUGACACCAGCACAGACCGAGGUCCUGAGCCAGCCUCGCCCCUCAAGGAGACCUCCUUUUCCAUCGGGCUGCAAGUCCUCUUUCCGUUCCUCCUGGCAGGCUUUGGGACAGUUGCUGCUGGAAUGGUGCUGGACAUUGUGCAGCACUGGGACGUCUUCAAAUACGUGACUGAGGUAUUUAUCUUAGUACCUGCAUUACUGGGACUGAAGGGGAACCUAGAGAUGACUCUGGCGUCUCGCCUGUCGACAGCUGCUAAUAUUGGCCAAAUGGAUACACCCAAAGAGCUCUGGAGGAUGAUAACAGGGAACAUGGCUCUGAUACAGGUUCAGGCUACUGUGGUUGGCUUCCUGGCCUCAAUCGCAGCAGUGAUAUUCGGAUGGAUCCCAGAUGGGCACUUCAGCAUUGACCAUGCUGUCCUGCUUUGUGCCAGCAGUGUGGCUACUGCUUUCAUUGCUUCCCUUGUUCUGGGCAUGAUUAUGAUUGGGGUCAUCAUCGGCUCCAGGAAGAUGGGGAUCAAUCCUGAUAAUGUCGCCACACCAAUUGCUGCCAGCCUGGGGGAUCUCAUCACCCUGGCUCUGCUUUCAGGAAUCAGCUGGGGCUUGUACAAAGAGCUGGGAUGGCUGGCCUGGAAGCUACCUCAGUUUUGGAUUUCAUCUUUUGUACUGUCAGCACCAGCUGGGGAUCCUCAGUGCAAAGCUGCAGCUGUAGAUGCUAGACUUCCUCCUCCCUCCCCUCCACCUUCCUUCCCUGGCGGCUGGGAUGCAAGGGAUGUGACUCAGCCAGGUUCAGCCAGAGAGAGCAAAGCCUACGUGAAUCCUUUGGUAUGCGCCUUCUUCAUAGCUCUGCUGCCCAUCUGGAUCAUCGUGGCCAAGAAGAAUGCAGCAACUCGGGAGGUGCUGUACUCUGGCUGGGAGCCAGUCAUUAUCGCAAUGGCUAUUAGCAGUGUUGGGGGUUUAAUUUUGGACAGAACAGUCUCAGAUCCAAACUUUGCUGGGAUGGCUGUCUUCACGCCGGUUAUUAAUGGUGUGGGUGGCAACCUGGUGGCAGUGCAGGCUAGUCGCAUCUCCACUUACCUGCACAUGAGUGGGAUGCCUGGAGAUGGCUCCGAAACAGCCCCUCGCAAGUGCCCCAGCCCUUGUAGCACUUUCUUCAGCUCAGAUGUGAAUUCUCGCUCUGCUCGCGUGCUCUUUCUUCUGGUGGUGCCUGGACACUUGGUUUUCCUUUACACCAUCAGCUCCAUGCAAGGUGGACACACUACACUCACCCUGAUUUUCAUAGUCUUCUACAUGACAGCUGCGCUUCUCCAGGUUCUCAUUCUUCUGUACAUUGCUGACUGGAUGGUGCACUGGAUGUGGGGCAGGGACCUCGAUCCCGACAACUUCUCCAUCCCAUACUUGACAGCGCUGGGGGACCUGAUUGGAACAGGUCUCCUCGCUCUCAGCUUUCACGUCCUCUGGCUCAUCGGUGACCGGGACUCCGAUGUGGGAGACUAGCUCUCCGUGCUGCCACCCCCCCUUGUCACAGCUCUCCUCCUCCUUUCAUUUUGUUGUUGUUGUUUCUUUUCCUCCACCCUUGCUCUCUUUUGCUUCCUCUCCCCACCCUGUCUCUCUUGAGACUUCAUCUUUGAUACUGGAUUCUCAUUAUUUUCAAUGGGAAUUUUAUGUGGUUUAUAUUUCAAGCCAAGUUUGUACAGAAAAUAAAUCUAGUUUUAGGAAGGACAAAAAAAAGUGUAACGAGACAAUCACCAAGUGCAAUUUCAUAGUAGUUAUGUCUGAACCAAGGUUGCAGUGAAGAUACCGAUCAGUCAGAUCACGCAGGGAGCCCACCCUGUCCCAGUCACUAGAGGUGAAGGGCUGCUUUUUUCGCUUCAUAAGCGUUUUAAAUGCUGGAGGUAAGGUUCAGAUUUAUUUUACUGAACAGGCACCUUCUAGCAAAGUACAACCUCACGGAUGAGGGCGUGGGGUAUCUCCUGUCUUCUCUGCCCUGUCGCCCUCCUCCCUUGUGUUUGCUCUCUGAAUCCCUCUCCUGUGCCUGGCAUCCAAAGCACGCGAGUCUCUGGUAGAGGGAUUAGCGAAGAUGGCGAGGAGGGGUCCUCUGUGCCGAAACACCCAUUCCUGUGUGCCCACGAGGAAAGUGAGUGAUGGCGGGUUUGAGGACUGCAGAGCCCUGAAACCUGGCUGUGAGCAGGCUGGUCUCUGCUGACAGAUUUAGGCUCCCUUUUGCCAACCAUCCGGCAGCAUCUCAAACUGCAGACUACUUGUUCUGCCUCUCAUGGUGAACUGAGUUCAGCUGCCGCCGCAGGCAAAGGGAUGUGCUCUGCGCUUUGUCUGAAGAGGCCGUGAGCUCUCCCCAUCUGUCCUUCUCCCCUUCCGCCUGCCGGUGCUCCGCUGGAGGAUCUGCCGGAGCCGUCAUGGAUGCUGUGUGCAAGCCUCUCCUUUGUGCUGGUAUGGGCACAGCACUAUUUUCACGGCAGCCUGCUCAGUUCAGUUGACUUUUCUUUCCUGGGGAGGUGGAUGGAAAAAUAGAUCCUAUUUUGUGUGUUAAGAUUUUCUUCCAGCUGCUGAGUGCUGCUGAUGGGCCCAUUGCAGCUGGGAAGAAGCCACCCGAUACCUCUCCCAGUUGAGCCUGAGGCAUUUCAAGCUCGGGAGCAUCAGGCUCUUGGUGUCUCUUAGAAAAGGACAUCCACGUUCAGCCGCUGGAUUUCUCUGUAUGUGUAGGCGCCAGCCGGAAAACAGGCCAGCGGACGCAGUCAGAUUUCUGAAGCCCGGGUUCUUGGCGCAGCUCUCUGUACAGGACUGUAGCAAAGGAACCCGCUUGCCCUUGAGCAGGCAUGUAAAAUCUGGCAUCGGGGUUACAGCCCAGCUCGCAGGCGCUGGCCGAGCACUGCGAGUGCAGGGUUCCCUGCUCUGUUUCUUUCCCCUCCGCUUUUUGUGCUGUUCAGCUCGGUGAUGGCCGAGAUCCCUUCUCUUCUGCUGCUAGUGCGUGUUGGAAGGACUCUCCCGCAGUCUGCAGCGGCAUAAGGAGAGAAAACCUGUUCUGGCUGUGUGACUAAGGCGGUUGUAGAUGAUCUUCCUGAACGCUGUCGGCACUCAAUGCUUUUUAGUUUUCCCAUUUGGAUAUAAAUCAAUUCAGUAAACUGAGUGCAGUUUGAUGUAAGCAGGUCUUAUUGAGUUGGAACCUUCACCCAGUUACGCUGAGUUUAAAUGAUGUGCUCAGGCAGAGAGCGCCAUUAAACAGGCUCUAAUGCACGAAUAUAAAUUGAAUGCAUAAGCGUGCGUGGGGGGAAAGCUCUUAACGUCUGUCAAGGAUGGAGAGAAUACAGUACAUCCCAUGGAGCCUAAUUUCAGUCCUGCACUGCCCAAAGCUUGGGGAGCUGCCAGUACCUUCCCAAACGCUGGGGGAAUGCCUACAGUAUUGGGCGUAGUGGCACCUUGCAUCCUGACCCUGCAGUGCCAGCAAAGCUCUCGUUUUAGCUGUGCAGGCCCAGAGUGCUGCAGUUCUGCCCCUGGUCUGGACGCUGCCUGUCCUACUUAUUUGCAGCUCCAGAACAUAACCUGAAAGCUGCUGGAUUUCUGGUUGUCUGCUUUUCCUCUUGCUUUAAGUGUGUUCCUCACAGCAGAACACAACUAUCCUUGAUCGGCCUAAUUUCCUCUUUUAGGUUAACUUCUGUAUUUCUCAUACAAACCAAUGCUCGUCUUCUCCUUUUGGCUUUCUGUCCCAGCAAGGCUGGGCGUCUCUGCUCAGCUGGAAGACGGUGCGAUGUGGUGCUGGGAAUGCUGAUCGUCACCUGAAAUGAGGCCAGGUGGGAAGAUCUGUUUGUUACUCUGGACAAUGCCAGAACUAGCUGAGCUCCACAAAGCCCUGCCUAAGUGCAGACAGUGUUGCUUUUUAGGUAAGGAGUGAUUCGUUAGGAACGGUUCCUGCCUCCCCCCAGAAAAGAGCUGAAUGCACCUCUUACGGUCCAAGUCAAGACCAAAGUUAGUCUGGGAUCGGGCGUUGUCCCAACCCAGAGAUCUGGUUGCAGAGCUGGUCCUUACUCUGGAAACGAGCGUGCUGGAAAGGAAGGUCAGGAUCCGUGAGUGGGAAGCCAGUUCUGGAAGGCCACGGGAGCAGGUGUAGCCAAACCAAACGGCAGUCAGGCUCUUGCCUGCUCAGGACCUCUCUGAAGCUGUAGAAGAAUCCUUUCCUGCUUCAGCGGGUGUACACUGAGCUCUCCUCCUCCUCCUCCUGCCGAAGCUGUUUGCAGUGUUCAGGAGGCAGCGAUGGGGUCCUUGCCCUGUCGGGCUGCUCGCGAUCAGACCCUCAGAAGAGCAGGUGAUACGUUUUUGAGAUGGCUUUUCCCUUUCUGCCUUGCUAAUGUAACGUCAGGCUUGCUUUCCCCUUCCCCAUCUUUGCAACGUGUCCUUUGUGGCAGUAGCUCUGACCCUCGUGCUCGCCACCCUAGUGACGUGACUUCUCACGGAUCUCGUUUGGCCAAAGCUCUGUUCAGAAAAAAAAAAAAAACACCAAAUAAAAAAACCCCAACAAACCAACCCUCGCACCCUACUGUACCGAAGUCUCAGCCCAGGGACUUCUGGAGUAUUCUCUGCUGCUCACCUGAUUUCUCUGCCUAAUGUUGAGGAAUAGAUAUGAGACUUCCUUCCAUUAACACUUAAGCUUUUUUAUAUAUAUAUUUUUUUUUUCAUUAAAAAAAAUAUAUAUAUGAGAAACUUUCCUGGUCUUUUAGGUGUCACAUCACUAUUUAGUUCCCCAAGAAAAGAUUCCCCAGAGGAAGAAUCUACCAUUCAUGGUCUCCUGUAAAAUGAAGAGCCCCAGAGGUGAUUGAGAGCUGUCACGCUGCGGGGAUGGUGGUGUCUGUACACUUAGAUAAGGUCUAAGGUGUGUGCGGGGAAUAGGUCAGGGAAGAAUCUAAGGUAAAAUUGAAGAAUAUUGAUGGUCAAAAACUUUUCCCCACCGGUUGCACUCAAAUGCAUGCCUACUAUACAGCUGACUGCAAAUGAAAAAUACUGGUUUACUCUUUUUAUUAAAGGAAAAAGACUGUCUUAAUUAUUUAUAGUUCCUAUAACUGAAUUGACAGAUGUCAACUUAACUGAUAAAUUAUAUUUGGUUAAAUAAAGAUGACAUUUAUUUAUGUG